AAUAUUUCCCGAUAUAUUCCAGUUGCAUUUUACUACUCGGCGAGUUUGCUUAUGAUCUUGAAUAAAUCGUAAUUAAGCUUCUUAAAAGUUGAACGCUGAAAAUGGAAUCCAGUAGAAGUAUUUCAAACUUUAACGGUUUCCAUCCUAAUGGAAGUAUGAACUGUAAUGUGGCAACAGAACCAGACUACCGGAACGAUGAAGAAUUGCAGUACCUAGACUUAAUUCGUCGGAUAACCGCAACCGGUAACAAGCGUCUCGACCGUACCGGCGUCGGCACUUUGUCCACAUUUGGUACCCAGAUGCGUUACAACUUGCGGAAUAACACUAUUCCACUGCUGACAACGAAACGGGUAUUCUUCCGUGGAGUUGCGGAAGAGCUUUUGUGGUUCAUUCGUGGCAGCACCAAUGCCAAGGAUUUGCAGGACAAAAACAUUCACAUAUGGGAUGGUAACAGCACACGGGAGUUUUUGGAUUCUGCCGGAUUUACGGAUCGCGAGGAAGGUGACCUAGGCCCAGUGUAUGGAUUUCAAUGGCGCCACUUCGGUGCGCAGUACAAAACCUGUCAUGAUAACUACGCCGGCCAAGGAGUCGAUCAACUAGCGGAAGUUAUCAAUCGCAUAAAAAACAAUCCAACGGAUCGUCGCAUCAUUAUGAGUGCCUGGAAUCCAAUGGAUAUUCCCCAGAUGGCCCUCCCACCGUGCCAUUGUUUGGCUCAGUUUUUCGUCGCUGACGGUGAACUUUCAUGUCAAUUAUAUCAACGGUCCGCAGAUAUGGGCCUGGGUGUUCCGUUUAAUAUUGCUAGUUAUGCUUUGCUUACCCACAUGAUCGCACACGUCACCGGUCUCAAGGCUGGCGAUUUCGUUCACACAACUGGUGAUACGCACGUUUAUCUCAAUCACGUUGAGCCGCUGAAAGAACAACUGGAAAGAACACCUCGGCGUUUUCCAACUCUUCAUUUCAAACGAACCGUUAACUCCAUAGAUGACUUCCGAUUCGAGGACUUUGAAGUUCGUGACUAUGAUCCUUAUCCAUCCAUAAAAAUGCAGAUGGCAGUGUGACUCUUGAAUAUUUGUGUUAAGACAAAGAUUCGUUUAGGCAGUUUAGAGAAAGUUUUUGCUGGAGCAUAAAACAAAGAGUAUGUACCUAGUUAUCUAAUUGAUUUUAAUAAAUUGACUUUUGGCAAA